AUGGAGGGCGGGGAGCGGUGGCGGGGAAGGGCGGCGGGGAAGGGCGGCGGGGAAAGGUGGCGGGGAAGGGUGGCGGGGAAGGGGGAAGGGGACAGGGACAGGUGUGUUGGAAGAGGGGAAGAAGAGGGGGCAGGGAGUGGGGGGUCCACCACUGUGUUUGUCGUGGGGUGCAUCGCCUUUGCCUUUGUGGUUCUCACUGUCGCUGGCACUCAUGCCACCUCACAUGCCAUCCCACAUGCCAUCCCACAUGCCAUCCCACAUGCCAUCCCACAUGCCAUCCCACAUGCCAUCCCACAUGCCAUCCCACAUGCCAUCCCACAUGCCAUCCCACAUGCCAUCCCACAUGCCAUCCCACAUGCCAUCCCACAUGCCAUCCCACAUGCCAUCCCACAUGCCAUCCCACAUGCCAUCCCACAUGCCAUCCCACAUGCCAUCCCACAUGCCAUCCCACAUGCCAUCUCACAUGCCAUCCCACAUGCCAACCCACAUGCCAUCUCACACGCCAUCCCACACGCCAUCUCACAUGCCAUCCCACAUGCCAUCUCACAUGCCAUCUCACAUAGCGUCACGCCAUUCAACGAAUUCACUCUGUGUCCUCUCCCCGCCACCCUCCCCUCCACCACACUCUCCCCUUCCCCCCUCUUCUCAUGUGCUCUACAGCAUGUGCACGCUUGUGUGGAUCACAGCCUUCGUCACCUGGUGCAUCCCUUCCGCUCCUUCUCUACCACCCUCAUCCCCACUCUCCCCCCCCCUUCCCUUCUCCCCAUCCACCCCCCUCCACUACCCUCCCCUUCUCCUCAGGGCCUCAACCACUGCUUCGUCAUCCCCCUCCCCUCUCUUCUCCUCAGGGUCAGCGCAGACACAGAAUCAGCAGUGAAGGAGGUGACCCUGUACCCAUCCCUCAACACCGCAUUCAGCCGCUGGGUACCGUGCCUCAACGCCACCAAGCUCGGAGAUGCGGCUAGGUUUGCCCGCUUUGCUGCCUAUGACGUCAUCACCUUUACCAACGCGAAUCUUCAAACCACCUACCCCAAGGUAGCUCUUUCCACCCGUCUGAACGCGACAGCGGGCAUCUGCUCGCCCUUUGGCCUGGGCCCUGAUUAUCUGUACAACGACACUGCCUGUCUGCCCUCUUUUCCCCUUUCCACACCCCCAACUCACCCCCCCCCUUCUCCUCUUUUCCCCCUGUCCCCCAUCUUCCCCCUCUCCCCCCCCCCUCUUCUCCUCCCCCCCCACCACCAGCUCUUCACCCGUCUGAACGCGACAGCGGGCAUCUGCUCGCCCUUCGGCCCGGGCCCUGACUAUCUGUACAACGACACUGCCUGCUCGCCCAACUCCAUCACCUUCCGCCAGUUGAAAGACCUGCUCCCGGAGGUCACCUGUCCGGACGCAGGCUGCCCCAGGGGCAAGGAUGGGAAGCCGCCAUUGGACAUGCUACCAGCAGCAGUGGCGAGGGAUGUGCGCAUGGCAUGGAUCUCCGUGGACCGCCUGGAUGGCUCCGUGCCGCUGGUCGCCGCCCUCUCCAACUGCUCGCACGUGUCCAGUGUUGCUAAGUAUGUAGGCGGGGCAGCAGCAGGGGUACAGAGCGCGUCAGUGCUGCUGUGGACGGGAGCCAUGGUGCUGGCUGUGGGAGCAAUGGUGGUGGCUGUGGCGGCUCCCCUCUACGUCUUCCGUGCCAUGCGCUGCCUGCCCGAUGGUGGCAAGGGCGACAACAGUAUGUACAAGCAACAAGACGACCCCACCCUUUCCUCUGUCAUGGUGGGACCUCCAGUCCUAGCCUACGCCGCAGGCUCGGCAGCGACCCAUCAUGCCUUACAGCAGUCCUCCGCCCAAUCCUACCCCCAAAGCUCCUCCCAACCCUACCCUCAAAGCUCAUCCCAGCCUUACCCUCCCCCACCCCCACCGCACUCAUUCGCGCAAUACACAGCCCCACCCACCUCCGACCCUCUCGCUCCUCCCGACCAAUCACACGCGCACAACCAAGCACCAGAAUCCGAGGCUUUGGUUCGGGAUGCCUCAAUGCCUCAAGACGAAUCGUUGCCGUACGACCCGUCCUUCCCACGCGAUUCCUCCCUUGUCAACGAUUCUUCCCAGUCGGCCCUCAUAAAACCUCAAAGUGAUGCGUCGGGGAGAAUAACUGCAUCUGCCCACCCGGGUAACACAGUGCAGGGAGGAGGGCGGAGUGCUGUAGCUGGUGGGAACAACGAUCACCGUCGACGUGUUUUCCUGAACUUUAUCCUUUCAAUAACAUCUUCCAUCAUGUUGUUCUUCGUGCCCGAUCCCAUCUCGCUCGCCGUCAGCUCGGCGACGGGUCUCGCGGUUUUCGUCGGCCUCUUCACGUCCUACCUGAACCCCUGGGACGAGGACGACGACGCGCAACAGCACUGGCAUUUCCCGCCGAAAGAAUCCGCGGAGGCGCGUCGCGUCUGCUGGGCGCGCCACAUCCGGCAGAGAUUAAAGACACUCGUGCCGCUCGAGGAGCGCGUACAGGGUAAGGCGCCGUGCACUGCGGAGCAGCUGAUUCGCGAGAUUCGCUCCGCGCGUAAGGGGAACCGGGGGUGCGAGCCUCGGCUGGCGGCAACGGCGGCGGCGGCGGCGGAAGCGGGGGAGCGCGAGCUCGUGCGGCUGGCGCUGGUGCAGCUGCUGGUGGAAUCAGGCCCGCCCCCCGCGCUCUUUGCUAUUCCAGGGACGGAGGACGGCACGGAGGAAGCGGACGAUUGGGGGGAGGCGGAAGAGGCAGAAUACAACAGCGGCGUGCGCUCCGCGCUGCUGCGUAGAAACAGAGGUUACGCGCAGCGGGGGCCGGCGGAGGAAUUUGUGGCGGUGGUGGCGGAGAUGGAGGGCGCGGACCCCGUGUUUGCGCUGGGCCCGCGGUACGCCACGCGGCGGGUUGUGAGGGAAGCGCUGGCGUUGCUGUCGGAAGGCGCCGCAGUUGCGCCCAGCGACGGCUGA